AUGCAUGCCUGCGUUGCACUAAACUGCCUUCCUGGUGCUGGAAACCCGCGUGAAAGCAUAUCCAAUGCGUCCCGUGCAAAACCUGUGCAAGUGACGACUAAAGCCAUCUCUUCUUCAGAACUCGCAGUUGUGCAAAGCAAGAUUCCUGUCGUCGAUGAAGUCGAAAUCAAUCGCGUCAGGCAACGAACGAUCAAAUCGCACAGUUGCCGUAGGUGA